ACGUGUAAAAAGAAGAAGACUUUAUUUACGUCUGAUUUGAAUUUAUAUAAAAAAGUUUAUUUUUCAAUAUUAUAAAUGGUUUUACAAACAUUAUCAUCCAAUGGACGGAUUAUUCACAAGAAUAAAAUGUUUAAUUUCUACCUGGAUCAAGAAUUUGUUGAUACCGAACUGAUUUUGUCUGAUGGAAAAAUUAAAGUUCACGGUAUUGUACUUGCCACUGAAAGUAAACUAGCUUAUAAGUUGUUAAAAAGUCUACCAGGGCCACAGAAAACAUUAAGGUGGACACAGUAUUCCAAAGAAAUAAUGAGACUUGUUAUAGAGUAUAUUUAUAGAGGUACAUUAACGUAUCCUACUCAUCUUGAAUCUCAAGUGAAAUCAUUAAUAGCGUUUUUGCAGAUUGAAGGAAAUAAACAAUUUUCCAAUAAGGAAAAAAUAAACUCGUUUACUACAAGAUCAGACUUAAUAACAAAUGUUAAAACUAAAAACAUGGUAAUAGAAAUAUCUGAUGAAGAAUUAUCACCAGAUAGCAGUGUAAAUAAUCGACCACCAGAAACCUCACCAAUUCCUAAUAUCAUACUUCCAUCAUCUUCGGAUGAAAUUCAAGAACAAACAAAUCCUCUAUUGUGUAGUUCUACAUCACAAAAUGAAGAUGAUAAUAAAUCGAUAGAUUUUGCAUUAAUAGAAGAUCCCAGAAAGGAAUCAGAUGACAUAGAACAAGAAUUACAACAAAUUAACAAUACAGAAUUGAUGAUAGACCCUGAGAAGAUUCCAGUUGAUACCAAUUCUCAAUUGUGUCAUCCAACAUCACAAAAUCAGGAUAAUAGUAAAUCAGUCCAUUGUACACUAUUAGAUGAAUCACUUAGUGGUACAGGGUCAAAAUCAAAUGAAAUGGAACAUAAUGAGAGAGAAGAAUUGAUAGGAGACGGUCAAAAUACUGAUAAUUCUGGAAAUAAUCGUAUAUCUGUUAUGAAAUUGAGUAAAAUACUAAUAGGGAAGUAUCUCGAUGAAAAAAAUGGAAGUGUAACCCAAAAGGAACAACCCGGACGAAACGGUUCGAGUGAUAGUAUUUAUUUUUCUUUACCGGCAAAUACUUAUCAAUCACAGCUAUUGGAACCGGAGGAAUCAUUAAAGGGAAAUACUAAAGAUUCAUCGUAUCUCGAUGAUUCGUUACCAAAUUUGAGAUUAUCGAAAAAUCCAUACAUUCAGAUAGAAUUACCAAUUACUAAAAAUAGAACGAAAAAUUUCCCAGAAAUGAACUUCGAAAACGAUACUUUAGGUAAAGAAGAUACGGGAUCAAAUGAAGAAGAGAAAACAUUGGAAUAUCUUCGUAUAAGUUCAACGGAAAAUUCUAUCAAUAAGGUUAAAAAUGGAGAUAAAUCGAGUAAGAUAUCAAUAAUUUCAGAUCACAAAAUAACCGCACCGAAUCUACUUUUGACAAAUGUUCUACCAAUCAAACAACAAAACGAAAAAGAAAAACAAGAGUUGUUUGAAUAUCUACCAAUAACUGAGAACGAUAUAACUAAUAAUAUGAAGAAAAAGUCCGAUGAAAUAGCGCAUUGUUCAAAAAAUAAAAAAUAUUCAAUUGAAUCGAGGAGGAGGAGUUUGAGGAAUCAAAUUAACAAUAAUUGUAACGGAAAACGUAAACGUCCGGCGAUCAAUGCGGAGAAGAAAAGGAAGAAAUUGAAGAGAAAAAAUUCGGAAUAUUGCGAUCGAAAUAGAGAUUUUUUGCAAGUUACUAAACUCGGGAAAAAAUAUUGUGUGAUUUGUGAUAAGGUGAAACAUAAUUCGAGUAUCCAUAUACAACAUAACCAUAAGGAAGUGAUUAGAAAUGCUCUAUUUACUUGUGACAAAUGUUACACUUCAUUUCAUUAUGAAGUGUUCAAAAAAUAUCACGUUUGUGUUUAAAAUGUAAAUCGUGACAUUUUUUAUCGUUUUCUAAUAAAAAAUUCAUGAAAACCGAAAAAAA